CAGCGCCCUGCUGUUGGCCUUGCACGUGAGCGUCGGCGCGCCGCAGCCUGCCAAAGCAGUCACGCAACGCGGGCGCGCCCAGCGGUGGAGCCAGUCAAUCGCGACGCGCGCACGACCUUCUGGGCUCUGGCGUACACGACACCGCGCGAAAAGCCGCUGACGCCGGGCCCGGAGCAAGAACUGGCAAAAAAGAGCGCCUAGUUACCGAGCACUAGCAGAGGCAAGGGCAAACUAGAGUAUAGGGAGGAAGGAGUAGGCGGAAACGAAGCAAGGGAAGCGUAAGCGUUAGGAGACGAGGCGCCGAGGGAGGCAAGCCGAUCACACCAAACGCUUCGUGCUGCUGCCCCGUCUCUUCUCAUCGUGAUCUCAGGGCAGUGGAUCGAUCUCACGUCGGAGGCGACCUUCUUAGGCGCGCCACCGCCAUCCGAGCCGAGCCGCAGCGAUCCAGAUCCAGUGUUGGGGCUGCCUUGUGCACCGAAUCAGUGAUCGGGCAGCGUAAUACAAAGAGGGAGCGCUUGGUCAUCUGAGCUGGUUUUGUACAGAAUGUCAGAGGGUAAUGUGGAUAGCAUCCAGAUAUCUGUUAGUAACGAUGAGAGGAGGAAUAGGGCAGAUGCCGAGAUCUCGGAGGACGAGCCAAGGCACACCAGGAUGCGGUCACUGAAGAAGAAAGCCUUGCAUGCAUCGACAAGACUCACACACUCCCUGAAGAAGAGGGGGAAGAGAAAAGUGGACUGCAGAGUGCCAAGGAUAGCUAUAGAAGAUGUCAGGGAUGCUGAAGAAGAGCAAGCAGUGAACUCGUUUCGGGAGGUUUUGUUUGCUAGGGGCUUGCUACCAGUCAAGCAUGAUAAUUACCACACGAUGCUUAGAUUUUUAAAAGCAAGGAAGUUCGAUUUUGAAAAAGCAGCACAGAUGUGGGCGGACAUGCUGCAGUGGAGAAAGGAGUUCGGUACAGACACAAUUUUUGAAGAUUUUGAAUUUCAUGAACUAGAGGAGGUCCUGCAAUAUUAUCCUCAUGGUUACCAUGGGGUUGACAAGGAAGGAAGGCCUGUCUACAUUGAGUUGCUUGGGAAAGUUGAACCCAACAAGCUUAUACAAAUCACAACAGUUGAGCGCUACAUUAAGUAUCAUGUACAAGAGUUUGAGAGAGCUUUCCGGGAGAAAUUCCCUGCAUGCUCAAUUUCUGCCAAAAGACAUAUAGAUACUACAACGACGAUAUUGGAUGUCCACGGUGUGGGCUGGAAAAACUUUAGCAAGAUUGCAAGGGAUUUGGUGCGUUGUAUGCAAAAAAUAGAUGGUGACUAUUAUCCUGAGACAUUACAUCAAAUGUUUAUUGUAAAUGCGGGACCUGGUUUCAAGCUGAUAUGGAGCACUGUUAAGGGACUUCUUGACCCCAAAACGUCAUCUAAGAUACAUGUUCUAGGAACAAAAUAUCAAAGCAGACUUCUUGAAGCUAUUGAUGCAAGCCAAUUACCAGAGUACUUUGGUGGUUCGUGCACAUGUUCUAACCAUGGAGGGUGCCUGAGGUCUAACAAAGGCCCCUGGAGCGAUCCUUCAAUCAUGAAACUUGUACAUAGCAUGGAGUCAUUGAAGGAAAUUGGGCAAGUAUCUGAUAUAGAAGAAACAGUUACAGGCUCCAUGAGAUUGCGUGCUCUCAAGUUACCAGAACGAAUUAGUGACACGUCAAAUGCUGAAUCAGGUUCAGAUGUUGAUGAUCUUGGAUCCCCUGUGGCUCCUGAAGAUGUUGAAUAUCCUAGUUUGGCCCCAGUUCGAGAGGAAGCGAGGGAAUCAGGAUCUACAACAUAUAGUGGUUCAAUUGGCAUGUCUCGUAUGGCAGAUAAAGUUGUAGGAUCCAACGGGAGAUACAACUCUACUGGAAAUGAAACUAGGCAGGUCAAUGCAGAACAAGGUUCCCUGAUAAAUGGGGGUUUACUUGCGCCCGCAGGUCAGCGUGCCCCAAAUGAUGCUGUAGGCAAUGAUGAUGGGUUCUUGAAAUAUAUAUCAAGAAGAGUCGUUGCUAUAUUUCUUGAAGUACUCUCUUUUUUGCGGUUCUUCAUUCGUCGACGACAACACUCGGAAAAUGUUCAUUCACAUACUGCAACUGCACCCAGUAGUCUGGCAAAUCUUCAGACAAUUAAGGAAGAUCGUGUAAAUCCUUGUCUGGAGCGUCUUGAUCGACUUGAGUCAAUGUUUAAUCAGCUGAGCAAAAAGCCUCCAGAGCUUCCAGAGGACAAGGACCGGGCCAUACAAGAUUCUUUUGACAGGAUAAAGUCCAUUGAGUUUGAUCUGCAGAAGACAAAGAAGGUAUUGCAUGCAACAGUUAUCAAACAAAUGCAGAUGGCAGAAACCUUGGAAGCUGUAACGGAGCCGGAUCUUAGGCGGAGGAAAUUUUGUACAUAAUACACUUACCUGCAGUGUACAGAAACAAGAAAAGAUGGCGAUUUACUAAUGUCUGCUGCCUGGCAGAGAAUUGAACUACAUUGCUUUGUACAUGGCCGCCCUUUGCUGAUUAUCUUUCUCAGCUUACUAUAGAGAUGAGUGCAUUGGCAUGUUAGCCUCAAUCAGGGGGCCUCAAUAACAACAGAUAGUUGACCUGUGAUAAACUGACGAGAUAACAGCGUCCUGGAAAAUCACCGGACACUGCCCAAUCUAUUGAGCUAAAGAGUUCUGUAUUAUGCAUCUUUUGUGUUUCAGAACAGUUAGUUUCACCCAUAAUUCGAUCCAUUUUUUGGUUGGUACAUGUGAACAUCUGAUUGAACUUGGUUUUCUUAGAAUUUUUGCAAAUGGCCGAAA